UUAGGGUUCCUCGAUGGAGCCAUCGCCGACGAUGCUGGAUCCUGGCGUGGGAGUUCUAUCCCCGGGCGUGGCUUCGGGCGCGGGGAUCACAUCCGGAUUCCCGCAGUGCGUCGCGGCGACGAGCGCUGGCGCGGGAUUCAAGCAGAACGUCUUCAUCCUCCGCCACGGCGAGCGCCGGGACGAUGUCGACAAGGAGUGGCUCGCGAAUGCGUCGCGUCCCUGGGAUCCGCCGCUCACCGAUGCGGGUAAGAAGCAGGCCUGGAAUGCGGGGAGGAAGCUCCGGCUCGCGGGAUUUGAGAUCAACAGAGUUUUGAUCUCCCCGUAUCUUCGAUGCGUCCAAACGGCUGCCGAGGCGAUCAUGGCGCUUUGCGUGAAUCAGACUGAUCUGGGGAACGAUAGCAGCACUGGAGUUGUGAUUGAUCCCUCCAAGGUGAAGGCUUCGAUCGAGUUUGGUCUCUCGGAGGUCAUGAACAGCAUUGCUAUAAGAUUUCCACGCUCCUCUCCGGAUGUUCCUUGGAUACUUGAUCUUGGCGAACUCCAGUCACUGCUGCCCGCUGGAACUCUGGAUGCAGUGGCACAGUCUAUGUGGCCACAGCUGCCAGAAUGGCCAGAGGAAACCGAGGCUUCUCAUGUGAGAUACGGGAAAACUUUCCGAGCGGCCGCUGAUAGGUUCCCCGGAGAGAACAUCCUGUGCGUUACACACGGUGAAGGAGUCGCAGUUUCGGUGUCCCACUUGCAGCCAGUGCUGGUCUACGGCGUCGACUACUGCGCUUGCUCGCACUGGCAACGCACAGUCCGAGAGAUCGAUGGAAAGCUGAGCGCUGGCGAGUUCGAGCUUCGCACGGAGCCGCUCGAGUCGGGUGUUUUGUUCGGGGACGUUUUCAAAGAAGUUCCCGCGUAGAAGAGCAUACAAAAAUACUUGUACGAUAUUGGAAUGGAGCCACGAUUCCAAAGAAUAAUCUCGUGAACUUAAUUACAAAGAAUAAUCUCGUGUUCUUGAAAGAACCAAGUUUCCAGGAA